AUGUCAGACAUUCAAGAUAUUAUUUUGCAUUGGUAUCCCCAUUCCCCUUUUGCUCAAAAGGUCGCAUGGGUAUUGAAUUACAAAAAGGUCGAAUAUAAGACCGUUUUGAUCCCUAUGCUCGAACCUCGUCAAAAGCGUAGACCUCUGGACGGUGGCUACAGAAAGACCCCUAUUUUGCAAAUCGGUAACCACGUUUACUGCGAUUCCAAAGCGAUUUUCCUUGCUCUUGAAAAACUUUUCCCUGAACCUAGUUUAUACCCUAAAAUCAAGAACAGUAACGAAUCAUCCGAGGGUGCUGCUAGAGCUUUGACCAUGUGGAUGGAUAACACACUUUUCAAUAACAUCGUGUCUCAGUUACCCGUAAAGGAUUUGGAUGAUGCAUUUUUGGCAGAUCGUGAAGCUCUUGCAGGCCGUAAGCUUGAUCGUAAGACUCUUGCUGGCGGUGCCCCCUUUAUGAAGGCUACUCUCCAAGGUGAAUUUGCUCUUGCCGAACAAACUCUUGGUUCCAAAAACUGGUUAUUAGAUACCGAGACUCCCUCUCUUGCUGAUAUUAGUUUGGCCAUGUCCACCUUUUUUACUCUUAACCUUGCUGGAGAAAAAUUCGUUCAAACCAAUUUCAAAUCUCUUUUCAACCAUAUGCAAAAGCUGUUGGGUACCGUGAGCUGGGAUAGAACAGAGACAAUGUCUGUUAUUUCUGAGGAAGAAGCUAUUGAGGUCUUAAAGCGUCACCAAGAUACCGAAAUCGAAGCCAACUUCAAGGUUCAUUCAUCUGUUCUCCCUAUUGAAUUAGGUCAACAAGUGUUUGUUACUCCUUUGGAUACCGGUAAAAUUCCUGUCCCAGGAACUUUAAUCAGAAGUACUAUUGAUGAAACUGUCGUAGCUUACAAGGACGCCACUUAUAACACCACUACACUUAUUCAUUUCCCUACUAUCGGUUUUGUCGUCAUUCCCAAUCUUGGUGCCAAAUAUUAA